AUGGCAUUCAUGAGGCAUCGCAGGUUCCUACCUAGACAUCAUCCGUAUAGGAAACAGGCUGCUGCUUUUGACAACACCAUAGAGGAGGACCUACCUCCUCUACCAUUAACCGGAGAGGAGGUGUUUUCUAGAGUAGAGGGUCUGAAUUGUGUGUGUGGGAAAAAGAAACGCUCUCCUCCUGCCAAGGGUGUUGAAGAGCAAGGGAGACCUUGCUGGAAGAAGAAGUCUGUCUUCUUUGAACUAGAGUACUGGAAAUAUAUUCCGGUACGACAUAAUCUCGAUGUCAUGCACAUUGAGAAGAAUUGCUGUGAUGCCAUCAUUGGUACGCUGCUGAACAUUCCCGGGAAGACAAAGGAUGGGGUUGCAGCGCGUUUGGACAUGGUGGAAAUGGGUAUUAGGGCUGGUUUGAACCCAAAAGUUGGUGCCAAAAGGGAUAAAUUACCUCUGGCUAGUUGGAACUUGAUGCUUGCUGAAAAAAAAAUAGUUUGUGGCUCUUUUUUUGAAAUGACAGUUCCUGUUAGGUUUUCGUCAAAUGUAAGGAAUCUUGUCUCUAUGGAGGAUUUAAAACUUGCUGGUCUGAAAUCGCAUGACUGUCACACUAUCAUGCAGAUUCUUCUUCCUGUUGCUUUACGUUCUGUUCUUGAGAAGCCGGUUAGGUAUGCAAUAAUCCGCUUUUGCCUUUUCUUCAAGGCAAUAUGUGCUAAAGUGAUCGAUGUUUCGAAGCUGGAAAAAAUGCAAGCAGACUUGGUUGUUACUGUUUGCUUAUUGGAGAAGUAUUUUCCGCCUUCAUUUUUCGACAUUAUGAUCCAUCUAACUGUGCAUCUCGUACGAGAAGUUCAGCUUUGUGGUCCAGUAUUUUUUCGGUGGAUGUACCCCUUCGAGAGGUACAUGAAAGUCUUUAAAGGGUGGGUUAGAUGUCGAAGGCAUCCUGAGGGAUGCAUAGCAGAGUCUUAUAUUGUUGAAGAGGCUGUUGAGUUUUGCACUGAACGUAUGCUUAGUGAUGCUUCUACUGCUGGAAUCCCUGAAAGUUCCAAACCACGAGCCCGUAAUGCAUCCAAACCGCUAUCAGGCGCUACCAUGAUUUCUGUCUAUGGCAAGGAGAUGCAUGAAGCACAUCUGUGUAUAUUGCAGAAUACCGAGGAUGCAAGUCCUUAUUUCAUUGAACAUCUGGAAUUGUUGAAGCUUCUCAAUCCAAGGUUUUCCAAAAAUGAAAAGUGGCUCAAGGAUAAACAAAACAAGACCUUUUCUGUCUGGUUAAAAGAAAGGGUUUCAAAUGAACUGCAGUUUCCGGACAAUAAUGUUUCGGAAACAAUGAGGUGGAUGUCAAGUGGACCGAAUCAUGUAGUGCCGACCUUUAGUGGAUACCAGGUUAAUGGUGUUGAUUUCAACACUAAGGAGCGGGACAAUGUGCGAUCAGUGCAAAACAGUGGGGUUUUUUUGGUGGCUGAUGCAAUGCAAGUUUCUAGUGCAAAGGAUAAAAAUCCCAAAACUAAUGAUAUGGACUUCUAUGGUGUCAUACAACAAAUAUGGGAGGUGGACUACUACAAGUUUAGGGUACCGUUGUUUAAAUGUGAUUGGGUUGAGAAUGUUAGGGGCAUUAAAGUAGAUGAACUAGGGUUUACAUUGGUAAAUCUGAAUAGGAAAGGUCAUCUUAAUGAUGCUUAUAGCCAUGUUAAGCAAAUAUUUUACAUUGAGGAUCCCCUCGAUCCUCAAUGGUCAGUGGUUGUAAGGGUCCCAGAUAGAGACUAUCAAGGGACUGAUUCAGAUGAGGAGUUAGAAGAUAUUGAAGUAGAACAACAGCCAUUUGAAGCAACAAUGCCAUCGAUCGAGACUUUUGAUAAUAUAGAUGGUGAUCAGCAUAGCAAUUAUAUGCGUCCUGGAGAUGAAGCAAUAUGGGUGGAAAAUGACUGCAAUCAACGUGGCUGA